CACUUUCACUAGUGGAUAUACCUCGCUAUACAGCAUAUUCAUUAACUAACGAGUUGUCAGAGAAAGCACGUAUAUACGUGCGAAGUAUUGACUUCGCGCCAAAUUGAAAUCACUAAAACAAACUCUGGUCAAUGUCAUUCACAAUACACAAGAAUUUCAAAACAAUUUUCAGUAUCACCCAUAUUCAUUUUCAUUCAAGAGUUGGAUAAUUUAGAAACAAAAUAUGUGUUAGUUGGUUUGGUGUGGUCUCCACAAUUCUGACAUGUCUGAAUCAGGCAAAAGUGUUGUCAAGUUCGAGAUGUCGUCUUCAAGUGCCAUAUUGCCUAGGAUACUCAUCGUCCUGGGGAUGGUUGCAGCUGUAGUGACCAUUUUAUAUUUUACUCCUAUGCCAGACCAUACCUUCAAAAGCUGCGAUCGACCUUGUCAUGCAUUAGAUUGGCCAAUGAUUUGUAGGAUACAAUUGACGAUCGAAAUGUACCAAACAAUGAGCGGAGUAUGCAAAGAUUGCCCUAAGAACACCACCGACUGCUACAAUGAAUUCUGCGCAAGUGCUGAUGGUCAAGUCAGGGGAAUCAUGACAGCCAACCGUCAAAUUCCAGGUCCCCCAAUCCACGUCUGCCACAACGACAUAAUGGUUAUCGACGUAAUAAACAAAAUUCCUGGCCACAAUCUUGCGAUGCACUGGAGAGGACAGCCCCAGAAUGAAGCCCCGUUCAUGGACGGAGUCCCUAUGAUCACCCAAUGUCCCAUCCUCGGUUACACCAAUUUUCAAUACAGAUUCAGAGCUUCUGCUCCCGGAACUCAUUUCUACCACGCUUUUGCCGAUUCAGACAGAGCAGAUGGUCUCUUUGGGGCUUUCAUCGUCAGACAAUCGGACAAAAUAGAAGCCCAUCGUAAGCUUUACGAUGAAGACCUGAAAGAACACGUUAUAAUGUUAUCGGAGUGGACUCGGGACCUAGUUUCAGAGUUCUCAGAAUUCGAAAAUGUGCCCAAAUCGAUCUUGAUCAACGGAAAAACUGGUUCGGAGUCCGGACCUGGCAUGUCGGUGUUCAACGUGAAGAAGGGGAGGAGAUACAGGUUCAGGCUGGCCUACACCAGUGGUAAUUUCGGAUGUCCUAUGGUCCUCACCAUACAGGAACAUCUAUUGAAAGUGAUUGCCUUGGAUGGUAAAUCCAUAAAACCGUACGAAGUCAGCUCAGUGACUUUGAAUAAAGGCGAAAGAUUGGAUUUCGUCCUGAAAACAGAUCAAGACGAGGGCAAAUACGAGAUGUUAGUUACUUCAGAUUGUCAGGGAUACAAGGUGAAGGGUUCGGCGGUUUUGAACUACGAAGUAUCACUGGAGGCUGUCCAGGCGAGGGUAAGAAAUUCCAGACCGAAUCCUAGGAAUUUCGACACGGCUUCUUGUGCGAGUGAGAUUGGCAAAGUUUGCACGACCGAUGUCGCAGCUUUAGAUAAGAUGCCCGAGGAGUUACGAGAAGUUAAUAGGAGGAUCUAUCUGAAUUUUGACUACGUAAGGGCUGAUGAUAGAGAAGACUCUUACGUAGAAUGGAAAACCAGAAAAUAUAGGGUAAACAACAUCUCUUUCACAUUCCCAUCGUCCCCGAUCUUAACGCAACCGGAAGAUGUUCCCAUUUCUUCGACAUGCAACGAACUCAAGAUUCCAAAGAAGUGCCAAGGACUCGAAACUUGUGAAUGUGUUCAUGUUGAACACAUCCCACUGGGAGCAAAAGUGGAGCUUGUUUUGUUGAAUUCAGCUGAAGAUGACCAAGAACUGAUUUUCCAUCUACACGGAUAUCAUUUCUAUGUGGUUGGAUACAGGAAUUUCGACUAUCCAAUUAAAAUGGAAGACAUAAGGGCUAUGGAGGUUAGAAAUGAACUGUUUCAAAGAAAUCUUUUGUCACCAGUACUCAAGGAUACAAUUAGAAUUCCUAGAAAUGGAUCUGUUGCUCUACGAUUUCUAGCAGACAAUCCAGGUUUCUGGAUGUUGAGGGACGAACAGUCCAAAGGUUAUACAAGAGGAAUGGACAUAGUAUUCCAAGUUGGUUCUUAUAGGGAAAUGGUUCCAAAUCCAUCUGGUUUUCCAUCUUGCGGAAGCUUUGUUGGUCCAGAUUUCUUUCUGAUCUGAUGAGGUCUCCACAUAAACGUGCAAUGAGCUUAAGACUGAAUAUUCUUAUCGAUUCCUAAUCAAUUAUAUAAUGUUUUGGCUUGCCAAAAUUGGUUGUUAUUAUUUAUAUGGUGAAUAAAUUUUUGAAUCCUUGGUUUUA